GUUCCUCUCGGUUCCUCCCUUCUGCCGUCACUCCUGGAGCUUCCCACCCACCGAGCACCACCACAGAGCCUCUUUUUGUCUCUUUGACAGUCGGUCAACUUCUAUGAUUCAUCCCAAAGUUGUCAUCAAUUGUCACUAAAGUUAAGCCGUCCUAGGUAAAUUUUACAAUGUUAAGACCUAAGGCUUUGACACAGGUCCUUAGCCAGGCUAACACCAACGGAGUGGAAAACACCUUAUUGCUUAACCAUGAGGGCGCACUUCUUGCAUUCAGCGGCUAUGGUGAUCAUGAUGCAAGAGUCAUCGCAGCAAUUUGCAGUAACAUCUGGUCCGCUUAUGAGAAGAACGGUAGAAAUGCAUUUAAAGAAGACCGACUGCGGCUGGUUUUGAUGGAAUGCAUGGAUGGGAAGGUUGCGAUCACACAAGUUGCAAGUCUUUUGUUGUGCUUGUAUGCGAAAGAGACUGUAGGAUUUGGUCUCCUCAAAGAGAAAGCUCAAGCUCUUGCCACUUAUCUCGAAGAGCCCCUCAAGCAGGUGGCCACAUCAUGAGCAUAACUGUAUUAUGGUUUCCUAUUGUAUAUUUUCUAAAUUUUAAACGUUACAUUUAUAUACCCUUCUAGCAUGUUUCCCCUUUGAGAACAGGUUCAAUGGGAAACAAGUUCUGCCUAUUGGUUGUUUAUUAGCAUUUAUUGAUUUUAAAAAUUAUUAUUAUGUUGUAAUCUUAAGGAAAGAUGUUAUUUUGACUUACAAGAAAUCAAUAUUUAAGGACCUUUAGUUUUAUGUAAGUGAUUGUUAAAUCUAUAUUUAAAUGAUAAUAAUUAUAAUCUGUUUCCAAGUUC